CCUCAGCUAUUGAAGUUCCAGCGAUGACCUCCAGCAAAAGAAUCAAGAACACGCCGUUGGUUGAUGUGAUAGCCGGCAAUGAAGACCUCUUAGUGGAAAUCCUCCUCCAUUUACCUCCAAGGUGCCUCCUAAGGUUCAAAUGUGUAUCGAAACACUGUGUCCUUCUAUGGGCUGGCCCAGCUGUACGGACUGAAUGCUAUGUUUGCGAGUCGGAUCUGGCCUAUGUCAUCCGGGGCCUCCUCAUCUCCAACCCCCAAUUCCACCGCCGUCACUCCCGCCGGAACCCUUACUCGGUCGCCACCGCCCUCUUCUAUUACAAAAAACUCCCAUUUGUCGAGUUCGGCUUCAUUCCUCUCAACACCCAACUAAACCAAACCACCACCAUACCCUUCCAUUUUCUGGAUUUCUUCGGCAAAUUUUCCGAGGUACGCAACGUGCAUUCUUGCAAUGGCUUAUUUUGUGUCCAAGCGAAGGUUGAUUAUGAUGUGAGUUGUUUCAUCUGUGACCCAACAAUCAAUCAGUCUGUAGAACUUCCCCUGCUAGUUAGAGAUCAUCCAUCUCAUGUUGCGGCUUUCAAUUUAGCUUUUGAUCCGUCAAAGUCACCUCACUACAGAGUUGUUUGCGUUUGGCUGUUGUAUAAUCAGUCUCGAAUGUUUCAUUUUUCAAUAUACACAUCAGAAACCCAGCUGUGGAGACACUCCGGUGAGUGUCUGGUGGGUGAACAAGAUAUAUGGUAUAAUUUCAAGAAAGGGGUGUAUUGGAAUGGUGCGAUUCAUUGGGUUUUUAAGUCUCAGCCUUUCUUGUGCUUUGAUGUGGAUAAUGAGUGCUUUAAAGCAAUGCCCUCUACUCCAAUCACAGAUGGGAGAAGCAAGAGGAUAAUCAAGUAUUUCGGACAAUCCGGAGGACAUUUGCACCUUAUUGAGAUAUAUGAGCCUCAAAGGACUAUAUUUGAUGUGUUGGAGAUGGAGGGAGACUACUCGAAAUGGUUUUCCAAGUAUCGGAUUGAUCUUGAUGCACCUACUACUAGUCCGUUUCCAUUGAUGACUCCCAAAGGAUUUAGUAUAUUUUCUCUUCUUGAGGAAAAGGAAGGCAAGAUAAAACUUGUGCUAUCAAUACCUGGUAAAUUUAUCUUGUAUGAUCUUAGUGAUAUGACUAUCAAGGAGCUUCUUGAUACAAUACCUGCAAAUCUUCCCCACAAUGCAAAAGAUGUAAUUCUAUGCCGUUGUGUUGGUCAAUACAUUGAGUCACUUACUUGUGUUUAAUGACUCUGUAUAUUUAUAACAUUUUUAUGCCAAAUUAGUUUGUAAUCCAAUCACUGUCUCUUUGUUGAAACUUAUGGAGCCUGCUUGUCCAAUUGUGAAAUAUUUGUCUCAGACAAUUAUACCAAUGGCAUUAGCCUGGAUGGUAUGAACUUUCUCCCGUCUGUUAAGUGGUCAAGCCCUGCUAGGGCCAAUAUUGUAGAUGCA